AGAUGCGCCGGAAUCUCGGAGUAACCGGGUUUCUAAUGGAAAAAGCAAGGCCCUCGGAGCUACGGAGCUUCUGUAGGGGCGCAUGCGACGACCUCAGAAACGGGGUCCCUAGCAAGGAGAACGCUACCUCUCCACCCAAGAACUCAGUCGCGCUACCAAGAAGCCGUUUGACGUUACCCAAACAAAGAUGGCGGCCGAGGCGCUGCGACGUACCAUAGAGUCUCACGCCUAGACGAACCGGUGCCGGGUUCUGCGCGCUGGAAACACGCUCCGCUGCCGAGCUCUGUAAAGGAAGUCUAGGGCGGGCCGGACCAGGAGGUCCUGCGUCUGCGCCAAGAUGGUGGAGCAGGAGAGUCCCCGCGUGGUUCGUUGCGGCGGCAGCGAGUUGAACUUCAGGAGAGCUGUGUUUUCUGCGGAUUCUAAGUAUAUCUUCUGUGUCUCUGGAGACUUCGUUAAAGUUUACAGCACAGCCACAGAAGAGUGUGUCCACAUUUUGCAUGGCCAUAGAAAUCUAGUUACUGGAGUCCAGCUCAACCCCAACAACCAUCUGCAGCUGUAUUCUUGUUCUUUUGAUGGCACAAUUAAACUGUGGGACUACAUAGAUGGCAUUUUAAUAAAGACUUUCAUUGUUGGACAUAAACUUUAUGCUCUCUUUACUCUUGCCCGUGCUGAGGAUUCUGUCUUUGUUACAAUCAGUAAAGAAGAACCAGAUGUCUUUCAGCUGGUUUCAGUGAAAUUGCCAAAAUCAUCGAGCCAAGAAGUAGAGGCCACCGAGCUUUCCUUUGUUUUGGAUUAUAUAAACCAGUCACCCAAGUGUGUUGCCUUUGGAAAUGAGGGAGAGUAUGUUGCUGCAGUACGGGACUUUUACUUGUCUGUUUAUUUUUUCAAAAAGAAAACAACAUCAAGGUUUACAUUAUCCUCAUCAAGAAAUAAGAAGAACGCUAAGAACAAUUUUACAUGUGUAGCGUGUCACCCAACAGAAGACUGCAUAGCAUCCGGGCACCUAGAUGGCAAAAUCCGUCUUUGGAGGAAUUUUAAUGAUGAUAAGAAAUACACAUACACAUGUUUACAUUGGCACCAUGAUAUCGUUAUGGAUUUGGCUUUUUCAGUGAUGGGCACCAGUCUGCUGAGUGGCGGCCGUGAGUCUGUGCUUGUGGAGUGGCGUGAUGCAACAGAGAAGAAUAAAGAGUUUCUCCCUCGUUUAGGAGCUACCGUUGAGCACAUCUCAGUCUCACCUGCGGGGGAUUUGUUUUGUACCUCUCACUCUGAUAAUAAGAUGAUGAUUAUUCACCGAAACCUUGAGGUAUCUGCAGUAAUUCAAGGCCUCGUGAAAGAUAGGAAUAUCUUUACUGGUUUGAUGAUUGAUCCAAGGACUAAAGCCUUGGUUUUGAAUGGAAAACCUGGCCACCUGCAGUUUUAUUCUCUCCAGAGUGAUAAGCAGUUAUACAAUUUAGAUAUUAUACAACAAGAAUAUAUCAAUGAUUAUGGUCUGAUCCAAAUCGAACUAACAAAAGCUGCAUUUGACUACUCUGGUAACUGGCUUGCAACUGUGGAACAACGGCAAGAAAAGGAAGCAGAACUUGAAUUACAAAUGAAACUGUGGACAUAUAAUAAGAAAACACAAGGGUUUGUCCUUAACACAAAGAUUAAUAUGCCGCAUGAAGACCACAUCACAGCUCUCUGUUUCUGUAAUACAGAGAAGUCAGACAACCCCACUUUGGUUACAGCUAGUAAGGAUGGUCACUUCAAAGUAUGGAUAUUAACAGAUGAUUCUGACAUAUACAAGAAAGCUGUUGGCUGGACCUGUGACUUUGUGGGUAGUUAUCACAAAUAUCAGGCAACUAACUGUUGUUUCUGUGAAGAUGGUUCUUUACUAGCAGUUAGUUUUGAAGAAAUUGUCACAAUAUGGGAUUCAGAAACAUGGGAACUUAAAUGUACGUUUUGCCAACGAGCUGGAAAGAUAAGGCACCUUUGCUUUGGGAGACUGACAUGUUCCAAGUACCUUCUCGGUACCACUGAAAGUGGCGUUCUUUGCUGUUGGAAUCUGCUCAGUUGUGCAUUGGAGUGGAGUGCAAAAUUAAAUGUUAGCAUUAUGGAACCUGAUCCUGAGUCAGAGAAUAUUGCUGCAGUCUCUCAGUCUUCAGUGGGUUCAGAUUUGUUUGUAUUUAAACCUAGUGAGCCAAGGCCAUUGUAUAUUCAAAAGGAUAUCUCCAGAGAGGAAGUCCAGUGGGGGGUGUUUGUUCCACGAGAUAUCCCUGAGUCGUUCACCUCGGAAGCUUACCAGUGGCUCAACAGAUCCCAGUUCUAUUUCCUGACAAAAUCACAGAGUUUAUUGACAUUUAGUACAAAGUCUCCAGAAGAGAAACUCACACCAACAAGCAAACAGCUGCUAGCAGAAGAAAGUCUUCCAACAACCCCAUUUUAUUUCAUACUGGGAAAGCACAGGCAACAACAGGAUGAAAAAUUCCAUGAAAAUUCAGAGAAUGAACUGGUGCAACUACCCUUAACAGAAAACAUACCCGCAGUUAAUGAGCUUCUUCACACGCCAGCCCAUGUGUUGCCAUCUGCUUCUUUCCUGUGCUCCCUGUUCAUAAAUUCUUUGUUGCUGUCUAAAGAGACAAAGAGUGCUGAAGAAAUUCCAGAUGAUGUAGAUAUGCAAGAAGAAAAAGAAAGUGACAACUCUGAUGAAGAAAAUGCUUUUACUGAAAAGGUCCAAGACACAAAGCACACAGAUUUGGGAGAAGACAUUUUCCAUCAGUUGUCAAAAUCUGAAGAAAAAGAACUGAGAAAACUCAGGAAGGUAGACUAUAGCUGGAUUGCUACCUUUUAGUUCCUGGAGAUGGAGGAGAGUUCUUAAACUUUGUGGUUUUUUUAAUGUAUACUGACAUUCUAAAAAACAUUUAUUUUAAAGUUAUUUCUGUUCCUAAAAUAAAAUGUUAAUACUUAA